UUUCACUUCUCGUUGCCUACCAUUCAUCUGCCUCAUCUGCCCCGGUCCCCGAUCUUUAGACCCUCGAUUUUGUUUCCUCGGCGCAACCUUUACACCACGUCGAGAUUCUAUGAUUUCUAUUUAAUUGACACACCCAUCGCUCGCCGCCUGUGUAGGCUUUCCCAACAUGGCUUCGACGGUGGAAGCAGCACAACACGGAGGAGCCCAUAGCCACCACGGACCUCUUCCACUGCCUGCCUUCACCUUUCCUGCCCCGUCACCUACUCCUACGCCCUCAUAUUCUCGAAGGUCUCCACGCCGUCCUGUUUCUGCCUUCGAGCUAGGCCCUGGAGCCACCGCCCUGCCUUCGUUCUCCUUCGGGGGAGCAACCAACUCUGGUCUCGCAAGCCCACCGCUCAGUCCUGGUACAAGAUCAAUUCCCACUCGACCUGCAGGCCACAAGAGGGGAGCCAGCGAGCUAAUCGGUAGGGAUGGAGGUGCUGACUUGCUUUCGUCAAGUCCAACCAGAGGAGCCUCAUCGCUUGGUCCCGUUCCAGGAAGAAAAGGGCACCAGCAUCGACGUUCAGCGGCAAUUUCAGUCAGCGACGUUUCCCUGAUCCUGAAACCUGACAGUGUCCCGCGAGCAGGGUCGGCUCCUGUCUCGCCUGCGGGGGGUGGUGGCCAGGGUGGUGGCCAAGAUCACCGGCAGCUACGUUUUGCGGAAGAAAUCGAAGUCAUUCCUCGACCGCUCUCCAUGGUAUCAAGCGAAUCGUCUGGAACAACUGUGAGGGCUGGGCAUUCGGCCACUGGUAGUUUUUCCUCCCUCUCUGCCCCGAGCCCGCCUAGAGAAAAACAACAGAGUCCUCCUCCGAGUAACAACACAACGGAUACUCGACCCAAGACGGCGGCAGCGCGGUUGGAUUUCAAGCCAGAGGAAUUCUCGACAACAGACUGCCUGAGUCCGCGUAGGCAUAGUUCCAAUCCAUUGCUUACCGACCUCCCGUCUCCCGCAACAUCUGCAACCCCUUCUACCCCAAGAUCUGCGUCUAAGAAAUGGAACUUCUUUGGCCACGAGGAUUCCACUCCCCAGACUCGUCCAACCAGUUCUGGAUCGUCAAAGGAACCACGAUCAAUGACUGCCGAACCUUCAUCUCCCCUACAAACGAGUCCCAAACCCCCCAUCGAGUCUACUGAACAACCUCUCACACGACAGCCCUCGGCAUCAAGGAAGACCGGCAAGAAGAAGCAGAAGAAGGUCAAAUCGUGGGCCGGGUCCAUUCUAUCUCGUAAAUCUCGACAGCGCUCUCAGAAGCAAAGUCGGAGAUCGCCCACCCCGCCUCACCGAUCAUACGGAUCAAUGAGCGAGAAGUCAAUGCCCGAUUUGACCCAGCCGGACGAGAGUGCUCCUGAUGCGGAAGCCCCCGUAAAGCCUGAGAUGAGUACUGAUUUCUCAUCAUGGGUCCCUCGGCGAGUUCAGAUACAAGAGGAUGAAAGCUCCAUGACCCCAAUCAUUGACCUGGAUGCUGCACUGGGCCCUUUUAAUACACCUUCUGGAAGAGACUCGGAAUGGGAUGCUUUUCAUAGAGGAUCUGGUCCCAUAGCAAGAGCGAAGCGAAUGCAUAGCGCCGCUGGAAUGGGAAAUUUUGGUGGCCCCGGGAUGCACUAUCAUCGACGAGCUGCUUCUUCUCCUGAAUUCGAGAAUCCGCGAUUCGGAAUUCGCCAUUUAAAUUCUAGCUCUACCAUGGCUGACGUAUUUGAGGAAGACGAGGAAGAUGAUGAAUGGGAAGAUAGCAAGCCUGCCUCGGAUAAGGAAAACAGCGGCAAGGUUGGGGAUGAUGAAGAGGGCUCUUCGGGAAUCGACAUCAAGGUUGUAGAUGCCGAGGACAUGCACGCCAACAAAGAAAUGGACUGGACGCUUGAUGAAUCUUCGAUGAGAGGGGUUAAGCGCAAGGGUAGUGGUUUGAGCGAGGGCGAGAGACGACAGGCGACUUCUAGUAUGAAGUCUACGAAUUCAAGCGCCUCGGUGAAGGAUGAAGUUAUUCCGGAGGAACCGCCGAGUAUCGUCAAAGUCGCGGAUGAUGUGAAUCCUCCGAGACCUGACUCUGGAGCACAGUCUUCGGAUUCCACUGCAACACCUCCUCUUCAGCCUAAACCUACGAAGGACCUUGCCCCUGUCGAUGUGCAGCCCUUUUCGCUGCAACCGCCCUAUGCUACUCCAACAAGCCCAAACUCUAUGACUCAAUCCCCCUUACCAUCGCCUCGCUCUCCAUUUUCAUACGACACGCAGCGUAUCUCUACUGCUCCGUCCUCGAUUACUGACGAGGGUGGGUUCCAGUCCUUAUUGCUUGGUGAACCCGGUCCAGAAUUGAGAAUAUCAGUCGAUGGCGUCCCUUCUCUUACGAGCAGCAACUCCACGAUGACUAGCUUUACCAUUCCCACGGCGCGCACCCAUCAGUUCCGUGAGGGCCAGCGUUCCGCCUCUUUGUCCUCUGCUGCUGUCACGCGCAAACGAUCGAGCAUAGCCAGUCUAUCUCGUCUGAUCAGCAGUUCCCAUGGCGAAAAGAGUAAGCUUUCUAUCGAAUCCCGUCCUCCCAGCAUCGUCGAAACGGACAAAAAGGAGAAGAUCAGCAAGGGCAAACGUAUUAGCCGCAUGAUGCAGUUCUGGAAGCCAAGAGAUGCCGCGCAAUGAGAAAAACAACCAUGGUCUCACCAACAUUUCACCGUCUACCCACUUUUGUUUUUAGCGCUUCCAAAUCUCGGCUUCGAUCAUCACCAAUAACGUCGGACUCAAUGUUGAUGUUUGGACGAGGAAGAAAUGGGU